AUUCCAGCUCACUCUCCAAUUUCUUACUACCCCAUCCCCAAGCCAGUCAUUAGACCCUUCCUGUUGCUUAAUCUCCAUCCUUUCUGAGAUAUUUGGAAGUCCUUUGGUUGAUGAUGUUCCAAACCAACCACAUCUCCCAUCCACAGUGCAGAGAGAGAUGGGGACAGAGGGAAGAAUAAUGCCUGCCUUCUGUCGUUCUCUGUCCUGCUUUGGGGACUUUGUCCCUGACACUGAUCUCUGAAUACCAUGGGAAAAGAAAAAGGUUAAUAGUUAAUCUCUAGAACCACCUCCCCUACCUCCGACUCCGGAAGAAACAUAAUAAAAAUGAAGUCAUUCCUCCAGGUGUAUCUCAGGGAAAGUGGCACCUGAACCCUCAGAGACCCUGGCAGGUGCUUAAAAAGAAGCUUGGUAGCUUCUUUUAACUUGUUUGAGUGGGUGGGAGUGGGCAAUAAUCUCUUCCCUAGAGAUUAUCCAAAUACUGGUAUCAUCUUCAGGGUUUCUAGUGCCACAGAACCUAGCGGGGAGUUGAUACAUCUAGGAUGUCAUGAGUCAGCAAGGAGAUAGGCAUUGGCCUCCUAAGAACACAAACUGACUCCCCAUCUUUUCUUGACCUUUAGUCUUCUGUGUGGGAGGCAGCUGAGAGGUAUUAGAAUGAUAAAGGUUCGAGAUAGGCAAAGCCCUGUGCAACCAGCACAGCUAUCGUUGUCAGUGAAUGACCUAUAGAGGGGCGGAGUGAAUUGGAGGAGACAGGAAGCUCAACUGGAACUGGGGAGGUGUGCUCCUAGAUCCCUCUGACAGGUGCAAAGUUCACUCUUAGGAACCCUAAUCCUCAUAAGAUAAUCUUAUCAAGAGCCUAGCAGGCCCUUUCCUCCAAAGAGGACUUCAGUCCACACUAGUCACACAGUGCACAGGCACUGCCUGGGGCAGGUACUGUGAGGGGAGCCAGUUAUCUACUCACACACAUCAUGGAGCCAACUGGGACCCAGCUUCGGAGGAGACAGGGGCGGAGAGAGAAGCAAGCAAACAACUCCCCCAUCAACGAAAGUACCAAAGAACAUGGAAUUCCUGACCUGGUGCAAUUGACAAGGCAUAUGGAGGCUGUGAAGAUCGAGUUGCUGGAGCAAGCCCACCAGCAGCUGACUAAGCUGUUUGAUAGGGCCAUUUGGGAAACUGCUCAGUCCUGCACAACUCAAGGCUGGGGCCCAGCCUCAGCCUGCCAGGAAUCCCCAAAAAGAACCCGAGAACCAAAUCUGGAAAGACAGAAAGUUUUCAUCCAUCGCAAGUCACUGCUCGACGAACUGAUGGAAAUUAAGCAUUUUCGAACCAUUUAUCACAUUUUUGUUGCGGGACUAUGUGUCUUCAUCAUCAACACACUGGCCAUAGACUUCAUUGAUGAAGGAAGGCUGGUGCUACAGUUUGACCUACUGGCCUUCAGCUUCGGACAGCUGCCCCUGGCCCUGAUGUCCUGGCUGCCCAUGUUCCUGUGCACACUCCUAGCCCCAUACCAGGCUCUUUGGCUAUGGGCUAGACCCAGAGGCCAGGGGACCUGGUAUGCAGGGGCAGGGCUGGGGGCAGGGCUUCUAGCCAUCCAAAUGAUGGUGUUGGGUGUCCUCCCAGUCCACAUGACCCUGCAGUACCAGCUGUCUCCUGGCUCCCGCUGUAUCCUAGUCUUUGAGCAGAUCCGGUUGGUGAUGAAAAGUUACUCCUUCCUGAGGGAAGCCACACCUGGAAUCCUCCAUACCAAAGCAGGUAAGGGAGCCCAAGUUCCCAGUUUCUCCAGCUACCUCUAUUUCCUCUUCUGCCCCACACUCAUAUACAGAGAGAGUUACCCCAGGACAACCCAUAUCAGGUGGAAUUAUGUGGUCAAGAAAUUUGCCCAGGUCCUAGCAUGUGUGUUCUAUGCCUGUUUCAUCCUUGGCCGACUCUGUGUGCCCAUCUUUGACAACAUGAGCCGUGAGCCCUUCAGCACCCGAGCCCUGGUGCUCUCCAUCCUGCAUGCCACACUGCCCGGUGUCUUCAUGCUGCUGCUCAUAUUCUUUGCCUUUCUCCAUUGCUGGCUCAAUGCCUUUUCAGAGAUGCUACGGUUUGCAGACCGAAUGUUCUACAAGGACUGGUGGAACUCAACCUCCUUCUCUAACUUCUUUCGUACCUGGAAUGUGGUGGUCCAUGAUUGGCUCUACAGCUACAUCUACCAGGAUGGACUUCGGCUUCUGGGUCUCGGGGCGAGAGGACCAGCCAUGCUCGGUGUGUUCCUGAUCUCCGCUGUGGUCCAUGAAUACAUCUUCUCCUUUGUUCUGGGAUUCUUCUACCCAGUCAUGCUGAUUCUCUUCCUCUUUGGAGCAAUGCUUCACUUCCUGAUGCGUGACCAGACCACUGAGUCGUCCGUGUGGAAUGUCCUCAUGUGGACAAUGCUUUUUCUGGGCCAGGCAAUAAUGGUCACCCUGUACUGUCAGGAGUGGUAUGCCCGGAAACAGUGCCCGUUCCACCAGAAGACCUUCUGGGGACUGGUUACCCCACGAUCCUGGUCCUGCCCCAUCUAGAGGUCAACAGGCUGCUAUGUUUCUCCAGCCAAAGUCUAGUCCUGGGAUUUUACUUCUCAGAGUCUCAGGCUCACCUGCCCCAUCCCCUGGAACCAGGGCAGUAUGAUACUGAGUAUUCCUCCAGUGGCAAAAAAAAAAAAAACGACAAAAAAAAAACAAAACAGAAAAACAGCUGGAGUACAUGAAACCUGCCAGUGGAUGCCAGAGGAAGAAACCAGGAGACAUAGAGACAGCUGGACAGAAAGGAAAGUCCUUUCUCUUCCUCUACCCUAGAUUUCAGACAUAGGGCUGUGCCCACUCUACAUCUCUCUAGAGUUGAUGAGACUUGGGGGAACCUUACAAGGACUUGAGAGUAUGAGGAAAUUUGAAUAAACUAGGGGGUGAUUGGAAUAUGGAGGAGUGGAGGCAUUUGUUUCCUGUUCCUCUUCCUCCCAACAAUAAACUUCCCUUUUUGAGUCCAUUCACUGCUAAAUUGUCCCUGCAGAUAUAGGUGAACUCUGUGACUGGGAGGGAAUGAGGAUGGGGCUGCCUUAAUGAAUGAAAACGUGUUACCGUCGCCUUCUGUGCUCCCCAGCUUCCCUUCUGGCCUUUGUCCCAUGUAUACACAUUCUCAGAUUCUCCCACCCCUACUCCUACAGCACUACUACCCCCUGCAUCCCUUUGUGACCCCUGUACUCCCAGCCAUAGUCUAAUCUCCCAACCCCUGAUUCCACUUCCUGACUGGACGUAUCUGAGAGACUCAAUAAACAGUUAUUGUUUAAUUGA